AUGUCGGAUGAUCCGCCCCGUUCUCCCGGGAGAACAGCUUCGGGCCAUCCCCGCAAACCCCGGACAAAGAGCUUCUCGGGCUGUUGGACUUGUCGUGCCAAGCAUGUGAAAUGUGACGAAGCCAAGCCCGAAUGCAAUCGCUGUCAAAAGGCCGGUAUUGAGUGCGAGGGAUAUGGAGUCAGGAUAUCGUGGGCUUCGGUGAGGAAUCCGACGACCUUUAGAAGAGGGAGGAAGAGAAAAGCUGCUGCGAGACUGCGCCAGUCAAGAGACUUGGAGUCCAUUGGGGAGAGUCUCUCUGAGCAAGAUGGCCAUUCGUCUAAUGGCCCAGAGAGUGACAAUGGUGACGGUCCUCCAAAUGAGGGACCUUCUGAUCUGCCGUCAGAAGACCAGUCGAACAAUACGCAAUUCUUUCUCGAUCAACACUUUCCUCUCGACCAAGGUCCUUUCACUGGUCAUUUGAACACCCGGAUAUUCCAUUCGUAUGAGCUUCUAGGCCAAGGCUUGACAACGGGUCCUCCAUAUGCCUCCCUUCAGCCUGCGCAACCUCAGCUUCCCAUGCUGCAACUGUUCGACCAGAACUCCAUUCCUCAAGACGACAUCAAUACCCAAAGCACGUCAACGCCUGUAAGCCUCGGCGAUGUCAGCACAGGCUCUCUGCCUUUACCUGGAGUAUCAGAGCUCAUCUCUCACACAUCGUCUCCACUCGAUACCUCAGGCCAGAGACGCAAGAUCACACGUCACCUCGAUAUUCUUCCUGAUCCGGCUCUUCACUGCGAGCUUCUGCAGCACUGGACGCUAAGUCUUUGUGACUCCUUGAACCCAGUACCUGGCCACUUGAACCCCUUGCGGAGCGCAAUGAUUCCCAUUGCUCUGGAAGGCAGCCGCACGGACUCGGAAAAGUCAACAGGCGCCACGGCAUUGUUUCAUUUCAUCUGUUCGGCGUCAGCAUUCCAUCUCGCAAAGAAGAGAGAAUGUGAAGAAUCGAAAGGCUCUCUUGAGAACGUUGCGUUAGAACACCACAAUAUCGGCAUUACUCAUCUGGCCAAAAACAUCCAACUUUCCAAAAAUGGUGCUGAUUGUGUAUCGCUGUUAGCAUCCAUCAUCUGCUGUAUCUACAAUGAGGCUGUGACGCUGCCGACGACAUUUUGGCGGCUACACUUCCGUGGCGCUGUUGAAUGGGUCAAUCAUAUUGAUCCGCAGGUUUGGCACAAAAGUGACGCAGCCUCAGGUCUAUACCAGAUGUUUCGGAGUAUGGCCACUGUCGUACAAGCGCAGUUACUUUUUGACCCCCAAGAGACCUCAUACUGGAAAUUUACCAACGACUUUGGACCGCAGCCUGAGCCGUAUACGCUGUAUGAGUCGUUUGGUCUUCCUCAGCCAGUAUAUGAAGGUCUCCGCGCGAUGAAUGCCCUUCAAAUGCGGAAACGGUCUUCUACUGAGAGUGAUCCUUCCCCAGAUGAGCUGGACCGAUUGGAGAUGGAACUUUAUCUAUCGGUACCUAAUAGACCAGAGACGGCAACGGCAAAAGACUAUGCCGAUCUGAUAUAUCAUCACGGCUGCAUCUUCUACUAUGCCGCUCUAAUUCACAUGAAACGCAAUUUGAAGGAAAUGCCAAUGGAUACGGUGCGUCCGCUUGUUGAGAAAUCACUCACCCAUAUUGAAGCUCUAUCUACAUGUACAAGUCAACGGUUUUCACCAAUGAUCUGGCCCGUUGCUAUCGUAGCAUUUGAGACAGGCGACAAGGGAAUGCAGCAGCGAAUGCUUCAUACUCUCGCAUUUUUCGAGGAGAGAUCAGAGCUAGCGAUCUGGUCACAAAUGACGCACCUAGUAAAAGAGCUCUGGGCGUUACGGAAGAGAGAGGGUGCUAACAUCAAAUGGCAUCAGACUGCACUGGGAAGUAUGAGUGAUAGCUUCAUGUUGCUAUGA